GAGGGGGGUGACAUGGCUGCCCCGGACAUCUCGGGGGGCGAGGGAGCCUCCUGAUGAGCAGUUAGACCCGGGAAAGCCCCUCUCAGUGCUUUAUUUAAAAGCCACGCUUUGUGGAAAGUUUUCUGUUUAAGGAAUAGUUCUUCUUUUGACAUAAUGGUAAUAAAACCGGCUCGUGUUUGUAAUGAUUUUCCUGGAAAAACUGUACCUUGUGUUUCAGGUUUGCUUUCCUUUAAAAGCUGCUGGUGAGCCUCACCUCAUUCACCUCGUGCAACUGAGACCGCAGCAAUGGGAGAUCCUGAGGGAUCUUGGGGGGCUUUUCCUCGUUACUAGUGAGAAUAAGCACGUGGCAGCGGUUUCCUGUCUCAGGAAUAAUGUUUCCAACAUGUCUGUGCAAUCUCUGCUUUGUGAAAGAAUUGCUGUUGCCAAAGAAUUAAUCAAGAGAGCUGAAACCCUUUGCAAGUCCCAGAAAGGGAAUAUGCAAGGUGGGGCAAAGCUAUGCAGCAAACUGAAGGCUGAGUUAAAUUUCUUAAACAAGGUGGAGGCAGGGAAAGUGGCUAUCAAAGAAUCCCAUCUGCAGAGUACCAACCUUACCCACCUCCAAGCCAUUAUUCAGUCAGCAGAGAACCUGGAGGAUGUUGUUAGUGUCCUCCAUGUUUUUGCUUAUGAAGAUAAGUUUGGUGACAAACAGACACUGGUGGUAGAUGUUGUUGCAAAUGGAGGUCACACGUGGGUGAAGGCCAUUGGUCGGAAGGCUGAGGCCCUGCAUAACAUCUGGCUGGGAAGAGGGCAAUAUGGUGACAAAAGCAUCAUUGAGCAGGCAGAGGACUUCCUACAAGCAAGCUGUCAGCAGCCAGUGGAGUACAGCAAUCCCCACAUAAUCUUUGCAUUCUACAACAGUGUGUCCAGUCCUAUGGCAGAGAGGCUCAAGGAGAUGGGAAUAUCUGUACGAGGAGACAUUGUUGCUGUGAACUCAGUGGUAGAACCAUCUAUAGAAAACCAACACCGAAGUGCCAGCGAAUCAGAUGAAGAAGGCCCUGAACUCCUGCAGGUGACCAGAGUAGACCGGGAGAAUUUAGUGGCCAGUGUUGCUUUUCCCACCCAGAUCAAAGUGAAUGUGUGCAAUAGAGUUAACUUGGACAUCACUACCUUAAUUACCUACGUCUCUGCUCUGAGCUAUGGUGGCUGCUACUUCAUCUUCAAGGAAAAAGUGCUAACGGAACAAGCGGCUCAGGAGAGGAGGGAGAGAGUUCUGCCUCGGUUGGAUGAGUUCAUGGCGGGGAAAGACCUCUUUGCCUGUGAGUCUGCUGUCAGAGAUUUUCAGUCCAUCUUGCAAACCCUGGGAGGACCUGGGGAGAAAGAACGAGCUGCGUUGCUCAUUGAAAGAAUUAAUGUGGUGCCAGAUCAACCAUCUGACCGUGCCUUGAGGCUAGUGGCAAGUUCAAAAAUCAACAGCCGUUCUCUAACCAUCUUUGGGACAGGAGACUCUCUAAAAGCCAUCACCAUGACCGCAAAUAGUGGUUUUGUGAGGGCAGCGGCUAACCAAGGUGUCAAGUUCAGUGUUUUUAUCCAUCAGCCAAGAGCAUUGACAGAAAGCAAAGAAUCUGUUGCUACACCUGUCCCAAAGAGCCGCCCACCAGAUAAUGGACUCUAAGUCAUUAAGUGAGUUAGUCAUUGAAAUAAUCUGUUUUGGAGGAUGAGUUUUUCCUCUUGUGGCAGAUGCUGCAAUGGAGGUUUUUGGAGGAAUGCAAGAGUCAUAACAAUACUUGUGUGUGUGUGUGUGUGUGUGUAUCAGUGAAAAGAGUAACUGUAGCAGUGGAAGAGUUACUCUAGGGACUUGAAAUAUCUUUAUUCAAUUUUUUCUUUUUUUUUGUUCAGCUGACCUGCAGUAAUUUAUUCACCAAGGUAAUAAAUUUUCAGUGAAAAUUGUUAACUGUCUUACAGUAUAUAAAUUGUAUGCAUCCCUAUUAAAGUGUUCAGUUGAAGCACA